ACAAUUUUAAAGGUAAUUGGGCGAUGUCGCAGCGGAGUUGGGAUCAAUCCAGCGGUAUUACCGUUGGGAGUUAACCAAGACACAAUCGUCAACCAAGACGCGGUCGUAGGCCUCGGAAGGGCAAUUGCGAAGGAAGCGUAUAGCAUUGACCCUGCGCCGAAGCUGGCCCUAUCAUGCCCUACGCCGAAAGAUUUGCCUCCGUCUCCCUCUCUAUUCUUCCCUACCAUCGCUCCACUGCCUCCAUCGUGCUUCAAGCUUCCAGCUCUGCCUUCCUGGGGUACUCCAAAUACCCCCUUGCAGCACCUUUCGUCGUCGAAUUUGGUUCACUGUCGAAUCGGAACAAGUUUCCGACAGUCUUGCUACGUUUUGUGAUGUUGGAGGGUGUAGAAGCACGUUGGACAGUGACUCCCCUGAAGUUUUCAUUCCUCUUGUUGUGGUGAUCAAUCUUGCCGGCCUACACUAUGGGUUGAAGGCAAGCAGAUCUACAGGCUUAGGUUUUUGAAGCCGAGUUGAGGAACGUUUGCUUGAAAUUUGCGAACCCAGUGCGUCGAAGAUUAGAUUGGUAUUUAGUUUUCGCGGCUUCAUUAGGUCUCUGAUCCUACAGAGGAAGCAUAGAGAUCCAGUGUGUUGGUUGAAGACGCUACUGUAAGUGGUGAGCAUGUCCAUAGACAUAGGAGUUAAGUCUAUGGACAUGGGGUUGUUGAGGAGAACACUGCGGAGGAGAUAUUAAGUGACCUAGUUCGCAGUUUGCCAUGGCUUACAAUCAGUACAGAGAAUGGGUGGUUUGUGAGGAGCUGAUGGGUUAGGAUUUCAUUGGAAGCCGUUUGAAGGACACAAUGUCCUUUUCCACCAAUACUAAUCGACUGCUAAUCGUUGCAGUUAGAGAGUUUAUAAUUGUACGUGCACUCUGAAAUCGGCAGGGUGGGAAGCAGAAUAGGGUGGAGGUGCUCGCAAUGAGGUAUGAAUGGUGGCCAACGGGUGUCUGGCGGUGCGCGGGGUGCGUGGGUGGAUGCUGGUGUGGGUGAUCCUGGUGAAGAGAGCGUUGAAGAGAAUCUCGUGUGGGGUGAGCGGCUCUGGGUUUCGGGUGUGUAGGUGGGGCAUGUCGGGGCGGAGAAGCGGGUCGUCAAUGAUGCCUCUGAAGAGCCUGAUACGGGAGUUUCAGGAGAUGAAGGGCGGGAGAGGGGGCAUAUCGCGGCGGAGUUUCGAGCUGAAGUUUCCGCACCACCACAAGGGGAGGUCGAGUGGGAUGGUGCUGGACGAGUCGCAGCUGAGAGUGGAGGCGGUUGUGAAGCAGAGCUGCUGGGCGAACAUGCCGCCGGAGCUGCUGAGGGACGUGAUACAGAGGGUGGAGGCGAGCGAGAGCGCGUGGCCGGGGCGGAAGCACGUGGUGGCAUGUGCAGCGGUGUGCAGCUCGUGGAGGGAGAUAACGAAGGAGCUGGUGCGGACGCCGGAGCAGUCAGGGCGGCUGACAUUUCCGAUUGCGCUGAAGCAGCCUGGACCUCGAGAGAAUACUGUGCAAUGUUUCAUAAAGCGGGACAGAACCACUUCCACAUAUCAGCUCUUUUUAGGCCUUCCACCUACUUUGGUGGAGAAUGGGAAGUUUCUAUUAGCUGCAAAAAAGUUUCGACGUCCAACCCGCACUGAUUAUAUUAUUUCCCUCAAUCAUGACGAUAUGUCAAGAGGGGGCACUGCAUACGUUGGAAAGCUCAGGUCCAAUUUCCUGGGUACAAAGUUCACAAUCUACGACAGUCAGCCAUCGCACAACGGGGUGGCAGCAUCCAACCGCGGGGCCUGGCGUAUGGGAACCAAGCAGCUGUCAUCUCGUGUACAUUCUGGAAGUUACAAUGUAGCGCACAUAGCUUACGAGCUGAACGUGCUGGGCACGCGGGGUCCGAGACGAAUGCAGUGCACUCUGCAUUCAAUUCCGGCGUGUGCAAUGGAGUCGGGAGGCAGCGCCCCGACACCGACAGAGCUAGCAGCGGGCAGUUUGGAGGAGGUCCACGUCCCGUACUCGAGCAUCAUGUCGUCCCCGCGGUCGAAAGCGGCGGUGGUGGACAGCAGUGCGUUGGAAAGCAGCGAGUUUGUGUCCGGGCUGUUGAACAAGGAGGAACCGUUGGUGCUGAGGAACAAGGCUCCACGGUGGCACGAGCAGCUGCAGUGCUGGUGUUUGAACUUCCGCGGGAGGGUGACGGUGGCGUCGGUGAAGAAUUUCCAGUUGGUGGCGGCGACAUCGGUGAAGGCGGUAAGUGCCGCAGCAACGACGUCAAGUUCGUCCGCGGACCACGACAAGGUGCUGCUGCAGUUCGGGAAGAUUGGGAAGGACAUGUUCACGAUGGACUACCGGUACCCUCUGAGCGCUUUCCAGGCGUUUGCGAUCUGUUUGAGCAGCUUUGACACGAAGUUGGCUUGUGAAUAGGACGUGGUGCAACUUGUUUUAUAACCCAUUUUUCCAAAUUAUUGCCUGUUACAAUCCAAGCAUCAUGCUCAGCUUUCUCAAAAGUCAACCUGUUUUAACUCAUCAGACAUGUAAGGCAUUUCAAGACAGGGAAUCUGACUUCAUUAUUCAAGACAGUCAUUUAUUUGGCUACUCUUGCUUGUGGAGGAGUUCGUUUGAAGACGGAUCUUUCUUGAGGUUCAGUUUUCAACUUUCAUCUGAACACAAAUUACUGUACACUUUGAUGCAAGUAGUUGUGGAUUGAAUUAUAGGGCUCGAUUGAUAAAUGCGUAGGCAGAACUUUAGUCACCUUUGUCUUUCUUAAUGGCCUCUGUAAAAGCUUGCCGCUCGCCGCUACGAAAGUCUGUACAUACAUGAUCUCCUUUUUUCUGUU